AUUUAUCUCACAAGAUUCGACGCACACUCGCUCGCCUGCCUCGAGAGCACCACCAUGAAUCGAGGAAAGAGCUACGACGACAAGGUGUUUUGCAUCGCCGACCUCGAGGCAAACGCGCUCGGGCGCCUGCCGAGGGCCACGGCAGACUACAUCAAUGGCGGCUCGAUGCUCCAUGAGACGCUGCGCGCCAACAACGAGGCCUACGAUCGCUACGUGUUUGUGCCGCGUUACUUUAAAGACGUGCGCAAGGUGGAUACAACGACAGUCUGCCUCGGAAAGAAGGUCGCCUUCCCCGUCGGCAUCUCGCCCUCGGCCAUGCACUCGCUCUGCCACCAGGACGCAGAGGUGGCCACCGCCAGAGCGGCCGCCGAACGGGGCAUCAACAUGAUCCUGUCCACCUACACCAACACACCCGUCGAUGUCGUGGCAGGCGAGCUGGGGGGUAUGGCGCUGGGCCAGCAGCUGAGCAAGGUCCUCGACGAGGGCAUCAACCAGAGCAUCAUCGACAACGCCGAGGCAGCCGGCGCCUCGGCCCUCUUUGUCACCGUCGACUGCCCCUGGCUGGGGCGUAGGCUGGGAGACUACCGCAACUCGUUUGCUCCACCGACAGACAUGCCGUUUCCCAGCUUCCCCACCGAUGUCGACAUACACAACCUGUCGACGGCGGACCAGCGGAUCGCCUACGAUGCCGAUCUGAGCUGGGAAAAGGUGCGUGCGCUCAAGGGCCGGACAAAGAUGCAGAUCUGGCUCAAGGGCAUCCUGUCGCCCAUCGACGCCGCCAUGGCCGUCGAGGCUGGUGUCGACGGCAUCCUCGUGUCCAACCACGGCGGACGGCAGCUCGAUGGCGCCAUCUCCACCCUCGAAGCGCUUCCUGCCAUUGUCGAGGCCGUCGCCGGCAGAGUGCCCGUCCACAUCGACGGAGGCAUCCGCAGGGGGAGCGACAUCUUCAAGGCCCUCGCCCUGGGCGCCCAGCACGUGUGGCUGGGCCGGACGGUGCUGUGGGGACUAGCAUACAAGGGCCAGGCCGGUGUCAAGCUCGUCCUCGACACGCUCUACGACGAGUUUCAGCUCGUCAUGGCCCUCAACGGGUGUGCGACCGUGGCCGAGAUUGGGCCUCACCUCUUGGCCCGGCGCCACCUCGACGGCAGCGUGGUACCUUUGCUUCUGUCUCGCGAAGCUAGAUUGUAGUAAAGCCUUGCUCUUCAAUCAAGCCAUCUAUUCCAAUCAAGCUUCCAAUCAAGCCAUCGAUCUCAAGUACAACUAGGAAAUAGGCCAGGAGGUGCCAUCUUUUUGUGAUGGCGUAACAAAUCAGUAGUAUGACAGUGAAGCCAUCAGUCCAAGUCAAAUGAUCAUUUGCAAAGAAGUCAUCCAUUCCAAUAGACCCAGAG